AUGCAAGGAGCUGGCAUGGACAACUCCUCGCAGUGGCACGUGCCCUUUAAUGCCACGAAGUAUUUUCUCGUCCCCAUCUACAGCCUCGUGCUGGUGGCCGGGCUGCCCCUGAACGGCCUGGCCCUCUGGGCCCUGCUGUCCCAGACCAGCACGUCGGUGCUCUUCACCUACAUGCUGAACGUGGUGGCGGCCAACCUGCUGCAGCUUCUGACGCUGCCCUUCUGGAUCCACUACAGCCGCCAGGACCACGCUUGGCCCUGGGGCAGCGCCGCCUGCAGAGGGGUGGGCCUGGCCUUCCUCACAGCCCUCUACGCCAAGAACGGCUUCCUCUGCCUCAUCGCCGUGGAGCGCUACCUGGGGCUGGCCCACCCGCUGCGCUUCCGCAGGCUGCAGACGGCGCGCAGCGCGGCCGGGGUGAGCGCGGCCUCCUGGGCGCUGGUGGUCACCCUCUGCCUUGUGGGCGGCAUCCUCCAGCCAGUGGAGAGGGUGAGACCCCACCUCUGCUACGAGCAGCUGUGCCCGAGGGAAAAGGGCUAUGCCUUGUUCAGGAUGGCUGCCAUGGUCCUCUCCUUCUUCCUGCCCUGCUUCUUCAUGACCUUCUUCUACCUCCGCGGCCUGGGGACCCUCAAGGAAGUGACCACCCUGGACGGGAAAGCCAAGAGGAAGAUCACCCGGUUCAUCGCUUGCAUGAUCGCCGCCUUCUACCUGCUCCAGGUCCCUUACCAGGCCACCUCCUACUCCAAGUUCAUGGCGCAGCUGCUGCUGGAGAACAGCUGCCCCUUCGAGGCGCGCCUCUUCCUCUACGACCGCCUGGCGCUGUGCCUCACCACCCUCGGCGCCGUGGCCGACCCCUUCCUCUACAUCCUGCUCCUCAAGGAUGUGCGGGCAGCGCUGGCCAAGCGUCUGCCAUGCUGGGGCAGUGCUCCAGCGGCGGGGGGGGGCGCACCCAGGCCCCACGCCAGCGUGCACCACGGUGUGAUGCCCCCACCCCUUCCUGCUGUCUCCACCUCUGGAAGAGCAUCUGGGAGGGAGAAAGCCCCGGGAUCAGGGCUGGCGCCGAGGGACCAGGUCCUGUGA